CCGUCGCGAUCGUCAUCAUUGAAGUGCGCCCUCUUCUAAGCCUCUUCUGCGCGUCGAACGAGCCGAGAGCCGCCGACUUGGUGCCUUCUCGUCGUCGUCGGGUUCCACCGAUGCGCGUUGCGAUGCUGAUGCUGAUGUUGUGGGGUUGAAGAUCGCGGCUCGCAGACUUAACUCUUCCUUUCAUUUCGAUUUGCGGGCUCAUUCCGAUGCUAGCCGUAGGAAAGUGCAGUCGAUUCGCGCCAAAACGUCCCACAACAGCAACCGCACGUUGUUGGUGGACACCGUUCCACAUCCAUCCGAUCAUUCCGUCCGUCCGUCCGUUCGUUCCGUUCCGUUCGUGCUCUUCGUGUGCCGUGCCGUGCCGAGUGUUCUGGCCCUUGGGUCUGGGGUCCCAGUCAGUCAGUUAGUCAGUCACCGGGCCAGUAGUGUGGCGCAAUCCGGCAACACAAUCGGUCCGCAGGGCAAUCAUUCUCCAUUUAUCAGCAUCAACGGUGAGGUGAGGAUCUAUUCAUUAGGGAUUCAAGUUUUCAUAAAUGUGAAACAGUUUCCAAUACAGUUGAUGACUAGAGAGAUCGCAGUUAGUGAAGUGAUUUAACGGGAAGAUAAUUCGACAAAAAUAGUGUGGCAGCAUAUAAUAGUGUAAUAUUAGAAGCCUUGCCAAAACGCUGACUAACAGGAAGUGGCGAAACCCCUAAGGUGGGUGCACGGUGAAUGUGUUGAAUCAACGGAAACGAAGAGUACAUUUUUCGAAGUACAUCGGAAAUCCAGCAACGAGGACGACCGCAGCUAUGGCGACGUCAGCGAAAAUUUUAAUUUUAUCAGCACUUAUCCUAACGACAGCAAUUAUCAGCAACGAUGGUCAGUUCCUGUCCGGACCGCGCUACAGUUUGGACAACAUGCCCAAAACCAGCUUCACCUGCCGGGACAAAAUCCUCGGCGGGUACUAUGCCGAUUCAGAGACCCAGUGUCAGAUGUUCCACGUGUGCGUCAAAGUGUCCGGAAUUGGCGUGCAAGACUUCAGAUUCCUUUGCCCCAAUGGUACGGCUUUCGAUCAGGAAGCUCAAAUCUGUGCCGAUUGGGGCGAUGUCGACUGUGAAGCAGCCACGCUCUACUACGGCAGCGAUAACUUCGACCUGUACCGGCUGGGAUCCGGCUUCGAGAGCAAGCGGGCCCCGUUCGCCGAAGAGGAGGAAGCCACCUUCCAUCUGCAGCGGGCGGAAACUAAUGACGCGAGGCGCAGCAAACAGUACAUUGUGAACCAAAGCUCAAAGCCUCAGCAACCCCCUGCAGUAGCACAAAAUCCCAAUCAAAUCCCUUCGGUGCACAGGCCCCAGCAUCAUCGACAGCCAGUGGUCCACACGACAACGACCACCACGACGACCACAACCACUCCACAGCCGUUCACAACGACGACGGAAGCCUACUACAACAGCAAGGCUAACAAUCAGUACCAAAAGCAGAUCCAACAGAAGCAUCUGCAACACAAACAGCAACAGCUGAUCUUCAACCAGCAACAGCAGAUUCAACAACAACAGUAUCGGCAACUGACAGCUCAAGCAGCUACGGCUACGCCAGCCGAUCUGCGGCGGAACGAAGAAAUUCGCUCAACUACACCGACAAGCUUUGCCAACAUUCAGCCAGCUCAACAGCAGCAACGAAAUUAUCAGCAACAAAAUUAUCAACAACAACAGCAAAGUCAUCAGCAACCACAAAACCAUCAACAACCGAAUCAUCAGCAACAAUUAAACCAACAACAGCAACAAAACCAUCAACAGCAACAACAAAACCAUCAUCAACAGCAAAACCAUCACCAACAACAAAACAAUCAGCAGCCACAAAAACAUCAUCAACAACAAAAUCAUCAGCAGCAACAUCAACAGCAGCAGCGCAACGAUUACAACAAUGACGAAAUCUUCCGAGGAUCCCACAGUUCCCACUUCUUCAACAAUCGUAACAACGGAAAGGAAGAUUUCGAAGAUGACUACGUUCGCAAGCCUGCACACACCAGCACUGCUGCACCGGUAACAACUUCGACGACACCUAGCAGAGCUCAAACACGUGGACGCAAUCGUGGCAGAGGAAGCGUACGGGCCCAUAACCUCAACAUUGUGCGUAACGAUGUCAAGCCAACUCCGGCCAGACAACAAACUAGACUACAAGCAACCACCCCUGAAGACUUCGUAGAUGUACCAAAGAUUCCGAACUACAACCGUGGAUCCAACAGCAAUUUCCGCCAACAACCGACAACCAUCCUCCAACCUCAGAACAACACUCAGGUCAACUUCAAAGAACCUCCAGCAUCAACCCCUGCACCGUUCUCUCGAGGACAACGUCCUACUCAGAACGCCGCCACUAACCGAAACAGUAACACUUUCUUCCAGCCACAGCAAGCCAAUACCACUCCGGCUCGCACUCCACUUAUUCAGCAAUAUCAAACAACUACGGCAUUCCCACAACAGCAACAACAACAACAACAACGAUUCCCAUCCAGCACUCCUGCUCCAUCCAACUUCCGGGUCGUUGCAUCUACUCCAGCUAGUCGUAUUAACGAGCAGUUAGGAAACUUCAACAACCAACCACAAUCGUUCCAAGGAAACGUCCAAAACCCAUCCUCGUCAACUCCACUUCCCAACCUUAACUUCCAAUAUUACAACCGCAAUCCAAGCAAUGACUACCGCACAACCACUACCACAACCACGACCACCACAGUUGCACCUCCCCAGCAGAACUUCAACGCCCGCGUAACUCAAGCUCCACAAUUCUUCAACAAUGGAGCUACUGAGCGUACCGAACAGUUCACCACAACUCAGGAACCCCAGCGCACACGUGCUCAAGCUCGCAUCUACAACGUAGACCCCGGUCGUCUCAGUCAAUUCAACUACAACGAAUACCAAGGCAGUCGAACUAGCACCACCACCAGUACGACCGCGGCUCCCAGCACCCCGUCAGCGUUCGACAGCAUUAAACCAUCCACGUACAACCCUCUUAGUUAUCGUCCGCAACCCCAACAACAACACAUCCGGCAGCAUCCCCAAUCCCUCCAACAGAAUCCCUUCGAUCCCCGAACCACGGCCGCGACACCCGUCUCUACCACGACAACUCUGCGUCCAAUUACCAACGAACGCUACCAAACCAUCUCCCGUAGCAGCAGUGACAACCACACGCCUUCAUCCAUCAAAAAGUUCUCCACUCUUGUCCCCAAAGACCAGUACAACCCCACGACCUUCAAACCCAACGCCCUCAGCAAGAAGGCACUUCUUCAGUUUGCCAUUCAAAAACCCGAAAAACCUCAGGAGAAGUUCAACCCUGCUCCACCCCGCAGCACUAUCUACGUCCCAACGGUUCCACCAGUAACGUCCACCACUACUUUCACCCCUACCACCACGUCCACCACCUUCGCUCCUCCCACCCAACGGAAACAGCAACUGAACUACUUCCAACAACCCCAGCAACGUCCGGUCCCUAGCCCCACAACCACACCCUCGACCACAACCACCGAUGUCGACGAAGACGACGGUCAGUACCACCCGGAGCUCUACGAGAAGGACUUCUACCGCAACCGCGUCAAGGCCAAAUUCAACCAGGAACGCAAGCAAUCCCACGAUCCGCUAACCUCGUCCCGUAACAACUUCUUCCAGCAGUCCACCCCUGUGUCCCAGUCCCUCUCGUCCAGCGACGAGGACGAAAUCUUCCGAACUGCCCAUUCCCAGAACAUUGCCGCCAGCGGUAACGACCUCAUUCUCGAGCGAGCCCGACAAGCCGCUGCCAAGAUCAACGAAUUCCUAUCGUCCUCGUCGGUAAAGCCGACCGUCCCGGCCGCCCCACCCACCAAGAAAUCCUCCCAAUCUGCCAUCAACUCCGCCAGCAGUAGCCGGGUUAGCCCGAGGCCGUUCUCCAAGGCUCCUACGAUCCCACCGAAUGCCACCAGCACCAAGAGACCGUCCGACGACAAGGACGAGUACGACUACGCCUACUACGAUACCGGCAGCCCCGACGUUCCCGAGUACGACAUCAUCGAAGACUUUGGCCGAACGGCCCGGAAGUCGGCCAAGAAGGCCAACUAAGCGAAUCGGUAGUGCGCUAGAGCCGGCGAGAACUGUGUGCGAGCGCGCAGAUGUAUAGAUUUUAAAUUAAUUUAAACUAAUAUCUUUUACGUUCUCGUUCGAAGUAUGGAACGCGGCGGAAAAAGAGACAAACGAGAAAGAAAGAUGCGAUUUCCUUGUUUUGGCGAGCGUGAGAUGCGAUUCGCGAGCGCCUCCGGAGUUGCAAAAACAGAAGAAACACUGCCAUUAUUGUGAUUAUCAUUUUGUUGACUUUUUUUUUUGGUCGGUAAAUCAUGUCCGACACAGUUGUCCGGUGAUAAGACGAAAAAACCAUUUGAGUUAUGGUUGGAAUAUACGUCCAAUCGUUUUCUUUGUUCAUGAUAGUCUGCCGAACAAGGGAAAAGACUGGGCCGGAUUGGGCGGGCGGCGAAACGAAGCCAGUAUUCAUCAGAUGAUAUUUUUUUAGCUAUUGUAGUUACCAUUUCCCUUAUCGUCCGUACGAAAUCAGCUAUCAUCCGCGUCAAUCUGCGUAGAAGAGCUUCAUUAAAUUAUUACGUUUAGACAGAGCCUACUUGUUGCUCUUGGUAGGCAAUUAUCUAUACACCGUUUCUAUCGAGAUGCACUGUACAAUUAUUAUGCCCUUUAUUUUCCUCAUCUGUCCUACUGAAUCAAUCGAAAACAGUUGUAAAUAUAUGUUUCAAAUGAAAGCGAAGUGUACGACAUAAGACAAAAUAAAGAAAACCACGAUUAAUAAAGAA